AAUGUGAGGGCAUCAACUCACUCCGCUAUUUCCAGGACCGUGAACAGGCUCUCUCUCUCCACCGCUCCGCCGGGAGACCUGCGCUCUCCAGUCCGGGGAGGCUUCGCUUGUUCUGGGACCGCAUCAGAUGGUCACCCGCUCUGCUGUUGGCGGCGGCGGCGGCGGCUCACUGCGAGGCGACAGAGAGGGAAACAGCCGGGGCUCGAACACCUCCAACCCGCUGCUGCUGCUGGAGAAUGCGGUGAAGUGUCAGACGCUGAGUCCGUGAAAUCUUCGUGUUCCCCCCUCUCGGUUAAAUGUGUCACCGCUCCGAAGCAGCUCACGCAGGAGACGACGAUGGAGUGAGAUCUGCGGCGGCGGCGAGCGAUUCCCAACCUGCCGCGAUUGUCUCCCCUGCGCGUAAAUAAAUAAAUGAUAGAGGAGACGAUGACCCUGCUGUCUCUGCUAGGUCGGAUCAUGCGUUAUUUUCUGCUCAGACCGGAGACCCUGUUCCUGCUGUGCAUCAGCCUGGCUCUGUGGAGCUACUUCUUCCACACGGACGAGGUGAAGACCAUCGUCAAGUCCAGCCGGGACGCGGUCAAGAUGGUCAAGGGGAAAGUGGCGGAGAUGAUGCAGAACGAGCGCUUCGGCGGGCUGGACGUCCUGGACGCCGAGUUCUCCAAGACCUGGGAGUUCAAGAGCAACACCGCGGCGGUGUACUCCAUCCAGGGCCGGCGAGACCACAUGGAGGACCGGUUCGAGGUGCUCACCGACGUCGUCAACAAGAGCCACCCUUCUAUCUUUGGUGUUUUUGACGGCCACGGAGGAGAGGCUGCUGCUGACUUUGCCAAGGCCCACCUGCCCGAGGCUCUCCGCCAGCAGCUACUGGCCUAUGAACGGGAGAAAGAGCGAGACAGAGAAAAAGAGAAAGAUGAGAAAAAAGAGAAGGGUGGUCCCUCCUAUCCUUCCAUCCUGGAGAAGCAGAUCAUGACGUUGGACAGAGAAAUACUGGAUAAGCUGUCUGCCACUUACAAUGAAGCAGGUACCACAUGUCUGGUGGCCCUGCUGUCCGAUAAGGAGCUGACCGUGGCCAACGUCGGAGAUUCACGCGGAGUCCUUUGUGAUAAAAACGGCAAUGCCAUUCCUCUAUCGCACGACCACAAACCUUACCAGCUCAAAGAGCGCAAGCGGAUCAAGAAGGCUGGUGGUUUCAUCAGUUUCAACGGUUCGUGGCGCGUCCAGGGCAUCUUGGCCAUGUCCCGUUCUCUGGGCGACUACCCCCUGAAGAACCUCAACGUGGUCGUUGCCAAUCCUGACAUCAUGUCCUUCGACCUGAACAAGGUACAGCCGGAGUUCAUGAUCCUGGCGUCCGACGGCCUGUGGGACACCUUCAGCAACGAGGAGGCGGUCCGCUUCAUCAGGGAACGAUUGGACGAGCCUCACUUCGGCGCCAAGAGCAUUGUCCUCCAGUCCUUCUACCGUGGCUGCCCUGACAACAUCACCGUCAUGGUGGUAAAGUUCAAAAGCAAGGCCAGCGAGAAGUAGACCGUCCAACAUGCAGUAGCAAUAUCUUGUUUGAAUAGGCUUGAGAGGAAAGAUUUACAAAGUGAGUCCACACUUUUCUGAGCAAGAACUAUAUCUCUCACAUAUAUUUACAGAGGUUUGCCCAUCGACGCAUCAACCACGCCCCCUACUUUACUUUUAAUGAGGUAAAAGUGACAGAAGUAAGGAAAUGUCUUUUUAUUUUGGUUUAGCCAAAACUAUGAGACACAACAAUGUGGGAUUAUUCACUGUCAUCUGUCAUGCAAAUGUGUGUGUGUGUGUGUGUGUGUGUGUGUGUGUGUGUGUGUGUGUGUGUGUGCGUGUGCGUGUGUGUGUACUACCAUUUGGGACAGAUCAGAUUUCAGAUUAAAAACCAGUUGGGGAUGGCUUUGUCCACAAUUGGGGGGGAAGAGCUUAUAAUUGGGUCAAUUGUUACUUAAAGGUUUUGGUGAGAGUUAGGGUUAUUCAGGUUUUGAUUACUGUAAGUCACCGGGAAUUUAAUGUUUCUUUAAAGUCCCCUAAAUUGACUGUUUGUAUGUGUGUCUCACAAUAACCACCAAUUCAUUUGUUAGCCAAUAACAGAUUUAUUUGAACGUGAUGCCUUUCACUCAACGUCGAUGUGACCACUGAUUUACUCUAAUUUUCCACAUUGUCUUAUUGUAUCUACGUCCACUGGGAGACUCCACUGAAAAUUCUGUUGUCUAACAGGUUUCUUUUUGUCCCUCAGUCAAACACACAGCACUGGUGCAAAACAUGAAUAUGAAUUACUUCCCUUUAUUCAUAACAAACAUCUGAUAUGCGUGUUCAAAUAUCACCAUUCAUACUGUGCAGCAAUAGAACAGAUUACAUUGUUACAUCACAUUGGCUGAACGUGAGAUUUCUCGAUGUGAGAAUGAAGUGUUUUGUCUUCAAUGGGCCUCUCUUUACUUUUGAAUGUUGUUUUUUGACUCAAAAUAACUACUAGUUUUUGAUUAUCAUUUAUUUUGAAAACUCUGCUCGGGAUCCUUGUACCGACUGAUAAUAUAGCGACUGUUUGAUAGUAACGCAGCUUGUCACAGUGUCAUUUGAAAUGGUUAUAAAAUCAAAUACAGUCUUUUGAAGUGAUCCAUUUCCAGACCAUGUGGUGAUAGUGAAGUAACAUCGCACUGACAGCAAUAACAUUGACUUAAAUUGUAAAAAAAUGUAAGAAAAAGAUAAAAUGUGGAGUUUUCAUAAUGAUAAUAAUAAUAAUUAUUGAUGUAAUAAUUGUCCUUAAUUUUAUUACUAAAUUAUCGAUAAUUUUACAUUAAAUUAUUGGUUUAACAACUUUUUUUAAAUCACAUAUUGACAUGCUAUUCCAUUAUCUGACUUUUCCUACAUUAUCCUGCACUGCAGAUGUAAAUAUACUCAGACAACUCACUGUUGGUGUGUCUUGUAUUAACGUCACAUUCGUGCAGAGAAAACUCAUCCUUCAUCCAGACCGUCACUGCUCGAUCUCCAUUGCCCUUGACUGUGACUCAAAAUGUAACAAGCCUUUGAAUGAAAACUCGUUAUUGUUGCCUUAUUUUUUUAACUGCUCAUUUCCUGUUAUGGAGUCUGCUGCCAAAACUACGCCCUCUGUUUUGACUCAAACGCAGUCGAUCAUACCUUGCACACGCCACGACCUCGGUGUGAUAUCUCAUUAACUCUGGUGUAGAAUAGCAUUGUUGAGAGAAUGUCUCCAAGAGACAGGACAUUGUAAGAUGAAUGUACAUUCUGUCCUCGUGUUAGUAUCACCCCUCCGCUGUUUAUACAACAGUGCGCCUGCUCCGGGACUGUUUGACUCCAGAGAUAUAUGCCAGAUAAAAGAUGGUUAGUUUGUGCUUUUUCAGUUCACAUUCUUCCCUCCAUGAUAAUGUAUGUUAAAGAACGUGUAUGUGGCUUUGUACUUUUUUUUGUUGACUUUAAUAAAACUGUAAAGAAAAGAAUUCAGAAAUUUUAAAAAUGUAAAUCUAAAAGGUAACAUUAAAAUGAUAAAUGAUCA